CAAACACCGACAUCUCUCACCUUUCUCUACACAAUUCAUCAACACUCACAAGACCUCUCCUUCCGUUCUCAUUGUCAUUGUCGCUGUGUCAGCGAAUUACUGCUACUGGGGCUGUCCUGAGGCCCGCCAAAACUCAUCUUCGUCCUUCCCUACAUCGCCAGCCUUACGCAAAAAACGCCUGGAGACUGCCCUCCAUGAGGCCCACAGCUUCAAGAUGACUGAUACAAACCCUCCACCCGAAGCGCAACGCUUUGGUAGAUCUCAGACACCUGAAAGCCCACGGCCUGUCCACUUACCUGAGCCUUCCAACAUCCCAGUCCUGCUGAACCAGAUGGAUCCAGUUUUCAAUGAUACUGAGACCUACAAUAUCCCUCAUAACCAGAAUUUUUCUCCUUUCUCAGAUAUUGCGCACGCUAUGCAUGAAGCCAACUCCGAGGAACAAGACGCCGUCCAGAAUUUCUUUCGCGCAGCUGAGGAAGAGAAUGCGCGUCUCGAGAGUGGUCCCGAUGCGAAUGGUCAAACAGCCCAGAAUGAUUCUGCCACGGAAGCCACCCUUCUCUCAACGUUUGCCGAGAAUCCCACAUAUACCCAGUCGUCCGCAACAGCUGCCAAUGUCCCUGAGGCUAGCUCUGGUCUGUCGCAACCUACAGGGCUAUCUGGUAUUGAAACAACUUCGGUUCCCGAGGUUGACCAUGCCAAUGCCGUCGAUGCCACUGCUACCCGUCCCAACGGUGCUGAAUUGACGUCUGAGCCACCGUCCAGCGUGCAGCCUGACAUCCACUUCGAUUAUUCGGGAGUAGACUAUCAGUCGCUUCUGGACACAAUUUCUCAAUCUGCUUCCACUGCUCCUGCUGCGGAUCCUGUCUCUGCCCCAACUACUGCGCCAUCACUCGUCGACCCAGGCACCCAGUCAAUGUAUGCAGUUCCAGGUUUACCCCCAAAGCCACCAGUGCAAGCGGACGUGCAAGACAAUUCUGCCUAUCAGACGUUCCCUAACCCUAGCACGGACAUGACUGAAUCAUAUCAACACGUGAAUAAUGAAGCCGUUCAAGCCAACAAUGCAGACUCAAUCGCUCCUGGAUCUAACCCAUCCAUGAUUCAGGGACUCUCUACCCAAUUCCCAGGUAACUGGCCUCAAGCUACCAGUCAACUCUCGCCCAACAAUGCAUCACCUACGAUGAUGGGACAGCACUUUCAACCUCCUGAGCCUGCAAGAUCAGUAGAUGCCACUGAGAGGCCAUGGACACCCAGAACACAAACACUCUAUGAUCAAUUCCUGGAAGACGAGCGCCGAUAUGUGACUGAAGGUAUUUGGGAUAAGUUCCCGCAUGGAUCUCGACUCUUCGUCGGCAAUCUUCCCAGUGAAAAAGUUACCAAACGUGAUCUCUUCCACACCUUCCACAGACAUGGACGCCUAGCCCAGAUCUCCAUAAAACAGGCCUAUGGUUUCGUACAGUAUCUCGAAGCUGCAUCGUGUUCUGCGGCGCUUGCGGCGGAGCAAGGUGUGGAAAUUCGAGGAAGGAAAGUGCAUCUGGAAAUAUCGAAACCGCAGAAGAACACCAAGAAUCAGGGUCAAGGGAACAAACGACGCCGAUCACGAUCACCGGAACGUGGAGGACAGAGACAGAAUGAUCGACAGGGACGCUCGAGUUACAGUGAAUACAGGGAUGACCGACACAGACGUGAUGAUUAUCGCCCAGCACGUUCACCUUCGCCCAGAGGCUAUCGUUCAAGAGAUGACUACCGACCGAGUGUGCAGAGCCCGAGGUUUGGUCCAGGUGGAAGGCCAGCAUCUCCAUAUGGAGCCAACUUCCCGCCACCCAUCCCUGCCGGCUAUGAUGAGGAAUCAACGCUGCCUCUGCCGCGAAGAGACCCGCGAGAAGUUCCCGAUGUUCAAUUGCUGAUACUGGAGCCCUCGGUUGCUCAGAGCUUCAUCAACUGGAUUGAGCAGGGCUUCCGUUCGAAGGGAUUACGUGCUUCGACCAUCUGGCUCAGUCCUCGGCUUCCACUUAAUGGUGUGGUCAAAAGACAGAUCAUUGAGGGUGUCCAGGCCGUUGUCAAGUUGAGUCAAGCCGCUCAAUACAAUAGCAAGAUACCACUGCAAGUAUUUGACCGCUCAUCGGGUGCUUCGAAUGUCAACUUCAACGAGUAUGUUGAUCUCGACGUUCCUGUGGCCGCGGACAUCAUUCAGCAUGCGAGACAAAAGGAACGUGGAUUUGCUCAAGCGCCACAAUUUCCUCCACAAGGGUACAGUCAACCACAAUACAGCCAACCAACUCCCCAGUACCAACCUCAAGUACCUCCAGCGUAUCCACCACAACAGCAACCACAGUUCCAGUACGGCCAGCCACCCCAGUAUCAGGGUCAGCAUGGUCAACCGCCAACGCCUGUGACCCCAAGCACAGCCGCUCCGAAUCUUCAACAACUAUUGGCAAACCUUCGACAGCCUGGAGAUCAUCAAAGUCCCGCGAAUGCCAGGCCCCCACAAGAUCUCGCAGGACUUUUGAGUAACGUGGCUCGGCAGCAGAACCAGGCUGGUCAAUUCCCACAACAGCCUCCCCAGCAGCAGCAACAAGGAUAUGGUGGCUCUUCAGGUUAUGUGCCUGGCCAGCAACCACAACAGAACGUGCAGAACAUUAUGGAGACCUUGGCAAGGUACAACCGAUGAUCGUAAGACUUGGACAAUGAGACAACCUGAGGAUGAUUGAGCUUGCUGCAGAGCUGGAGAUGAGCUGUGCAAAUCGACACUCAAGAUUGGGAUUGUGCUACUGCGUCUCUCGUCAUGCGGGAGCUGGCGUAGUGUGAACGACACAGCAUAACCAGCAUCAGA